AUUGGUUGGUUGCGGACUGUUGUUUGUAACAAAGAACUAUAGGAAGACAUGUGCAUACAAUAUAUUGGCUUGAUAUAAGGGUGGCCAUUUGCACGGUCUGACCAAAACUUUACUAACAACAUUUUUAUAUAGUCACUGACAUUUGUUUGAAAUCGAUUCGCAGAAUACCAUGUCAGCAGCAAACGAGUUGAGUGCUGGGGACUGCGUUGACGCUAGGCGGGGCGAUGGACAAGAGUCAGAGGGCCCCUGUGGUGGCUCUGGGUCUAUGCAGGUGGAUGCCAAGCCUCAGUCCCAUAGCUUCAGGUACAGCCUCAGCUACCCCAGCAUUGGCCAGUGUAUCAUCAUUAACAACAAGAACUUUGACAGAAGAACAGGUAUGAAUGUACGCAAUGGCACAGAUGUGGAUGCAGGCAACGUGAUGAAGGUGUUUGGGAAACUGGGUUAUAAGGUGAAGGUUUACAAUGACCAGAAAGUGGACCAGAUCAAGCAUGUUUUAACCACAGCCUCCAAGGAGGACCACAGCUGCUCCGCUUCGUUCGUGUGUGUCCUGCUGAGUCACGGGGAUGAUGGCGUGUUCUUCGGGACGGAUGCCUCCAUCGAGCUCAAGAGCCUCACCAGCCUGUUCCGGGGCGACCGCUGCAACUCGCUGGUGGGCAAGCCCAAACUCUUCUUCAUCCAGGCUUGCAGAGGUACUGAUCUGGACGGGGGCAUCGAGGCAGACAGCAGUUCAGAUGGGAGUUCAACCAAGAUCCCUGUGGAAGCAGACUUCCUCUAUGCCUACUCCACAGCUCCAGGCUACUACUCAUGGAGAAACACUCAGACUGGCUCCUGGUUUAUCCAAUCUCUGUGUGAGAUGAUUGGCAAGUACAGCAAAGAGCUGGAGGUCCAACACAUCCUGACCCGGGUCAACCACAAGGUGGCGACAGAGUUUGAGUCUGCGUCAAACUCUCCCGGCUUCGAUGCCAAGAAGCAGAUCCCCUGCAUUGUAUCAAUGCUGACCAAAGAGAUGUACUUUACAUCCUGAACGGAGAAAGGUUUGAAGAAGCUCCUCAUUUGCCUGGUCCCAGAUUGGUUUUAGCUGUCUCGCCAACUCCUAUGGUCUGUCUCGCCACUCCUAUGGUCACACUCCUGGUACCAGCUUCUGAGUGAGGGCAAUAGAUGUGUGUUUGUUUUGGUUGUGGAUUGUAUUAGCUGAAUUUUUAACACCACUGCUCAAUCACUCUAGCUCAAGUUGGACUUGGUUUAAACUUGUAGGCUUAAGUAUCACAUUUUAUGUUGGAGGUUGAAACCUCUGUCAUGCUUUCAGCCUGAUGUCAAGAAGUUGACUCUUCUUCAGAGUAGGGGUCAGUUCACAUUUCAAUUCCAUCAACUGGGGAAGUGUGAAAUCCUAAUUGUAAAUGUUAAAUUUAAAAAAACUUCCUAAAUGCACUGAUUGAUUUGAAAGUUGAAUUGACCCCAACCCUGUUUCUUACUGAAUGAUCCCUUGUGUGUAAAGUUUAACGGAGGAUGUCUAUAACGUUUUGGGAGUAGAUUGCAGGGGUAGUGUGUAGUAAUCAAAUCGUGGACGUGCAACUCAUCUACAAGCACCAGCAUUUCUCCCUCAUUAUUCUUUAAACUUUUUAUUUUAUUAUUUUUACAAUGUCUAGAACCACACAUUUUGUUGGAUACUUGAAUGAGUAGUCAAAGUGCAUUUCUGAAGGGAUUAUGUUACAUUUGUCUUUUGUGUGGGUUUAAAUUGAUGAUAUUUUUUAAAUUGCCGGAUAUUGUGUAAGUUCAUUAUAGUUAUUCUGUGAAAAAAAACAAUCCUGUUAAAUUAAUUCUGCAGAAAUAAGGCUUCAAAGUUGGUCAAUUGAAAGCUCUUCCUGACCUGAACAUGACCAAAUGCUUACUCUGUUUGUAGGUUAAAAACAUUUUUCUCCUGUCCUGGCGUAACAAAUGUGUGGUAUGUUGAUAGGAUGUGUAUGCUAAAUAUAAUAAUAAUAUAUGCCAUUUAGCAGACGCUUUUAUCCAAAGCGACUUACAGUCAUGUGUGCAUACAUUCUACGUAUGGGUGGUCCCGGGGAUCGAACCCACUACCCUGGCGUUACAAGCACCAUGCUCUACCAACUGAGCUACAGAAGGACCUCAGAAUACUAAACAACAGUUAAAUUUUCCUGUGGGCAGAACAUGCAGUACAAUACUCUUUUCAUCUCUCCCUGCAGUCAUGUUCAUUCAUCACUUUAAAAAAUGACUAUAUUCUUCUCUAAUAGCAAAAAAAAGAUCCACGUCAAACAAACUCUUCCAAUCCUUCAGGUGUCAAUCUUUUUUUCCCCCCUUAGAAAGAUAAAGGCAGGUAAAGAAAGACAAGACACGCGACAACAAAAUAAAAAGUUUACUGUGCAUCGAGUGGAUACAGGGUGAAAGGCAGCUUCAGCUAAACAGGAAGCCAGGGGGAAGGCAGCUUUAGCUAAACAGGAAGCCAGGGGGAAGGCAGCUUCAGCUAAACAGGAAGCUGAACAAACAACAAAGUGUUUCCAGGUAUGCUGAUAGACAGGAUGUGUCCUCUCUAACUUGGCAGACAUUUUGUCUAUAUAUUAAAGGCCCAGUUGUAGAAGCUUAAAGGUGCACUCCGGUAGUGAUGUGCGGGUCAGCUGUUUUAUUCACCCGCCCGCAAUUGCUAAUAACCCAUCUGCAACCACCCAACUAUAUGUGAUAAAGUGAAAAUGCAAUAAGAUUUUCUGUGCAAAAUGUACACGUGACAUCAGUUUGACGAAUUAAAGCUGUGAAAAUGA